UUAGAGGCCACUUGCAGUUGACUUCCCACACUACAUCGACCUCGGCAAUGGGCGGCAGGCGCGACUAUGCCUUAUUCCAGCGCAUCAUUGCCCAGGCGCCGUCAUGUUCCUGUUGCAAGAUGACAGGUCCUGCAUUCUGUACACAGGGGAUGCUAGGAACGAGGUAUUGAACCUGCAAGGACUGAGUACUAUGCCAAUUUUCUCGUCUUCAGCUCAGCGGAUUGACAGACUUUAUCUUGACACCACAUGCUGCCACCAAGCCUUUCAGGAGUUCCCAAGCCGAGAUCUCGCGAUUUCAGACCUGAUAACAUUUAUUAACCGCAGACCGCGUCUCGCGCACUAUUACAUCGAUGCCUGGACAUUCGGUUACGAAGACAUAUGGAUCGCGCUUUCGAAGGCCUACCACACAAAGGUCCAUGUAUCGCCAUAUCUGUACGAACUCUACGAGGCAAUUGACGACCUGAUUGAUCCAAAGAUCUUACCACAUUUGACGCUCGAUGGGAUAUCGGCUAGGUUUCAUUCCUGUCGAUUGAGGCCGACAUGCGGGUACGGUGGUGCGGGUGGAGAACAUUCUUCCGCAAGAGAGUUGAUCAGGAUUCAACCAAAUGUGCCGUGGUUUUCGGAAAUGGUGCGCAAAGCGAGAGGUACGGAGGGAACCUUUGUGCAGAGUUCAGUGGUCGGAAGGGGUCAUUUGUUCAAGUUCAAUGAGAAUUUACCACCGAGCAUCGGGAAGAAGGACGACCUUUGCUAUUAUAUCAACUACGCGUGCCACGCGUCGCUUUCGGAACUACGGCAGCUCAUCAGAUUGGUAUCUCCUCGCGCGUUGUUUCCUUGCGUACUCCACCGUGAUCCCACGUUCGGAACACUGUACAGGUCUAAUCGCGAUAUCAUCGGAUUACUGGUCAAAAGCAUACCUGAAAAGACUUUUUUCUUAGAAGUGGAAGAAUAUGAGGAACGAUGUCCUUGUCUCGCCGAUGGAAUCACAACUGACUUUCAGAGUUUUCAUCAUGCAAAGGAAUUCCAUGUCCUGGAUAUGAGUGAUACCGUGCUCGGAAUCAACCCACUCAACUCAUCGGGCAACAGGGGUGUCACUGCAUUGGAUGCCGGCAAUGUCCAUCUGACGAACCGUUGUACCAAGGCUAUCUCUACAAAAGAACCCAGCCUGAUCUUGUCACCGCGCUCGAAUCAUCUAAGAAAAAAAAUGGAGAAAUUGAAGCGACAGCUGCGCAACACGGCAAGUCUUGAGGAAGAUGGAGUCGCAGAGGAAGAGUCGAUAUUGGAGGAUGGACCGCUAUCAUUGGAUCUGGAGGUCAUUGAACGGAAGCGGAAGUGGUGGCUAGAGCAUGAGAGGGGGAAGAGUACAACCCAGGAGGAGUGGAUCGGAGAUGAGGACACGGAUCGACAGAGCAGCACGCUGCAAAGCAAUGUGAAUCAUGGACAAAGUGCGGGAAACGCGAAACCUAUCGCUGGCGGUGAACACGCGGAGGAUGGGAACGAAAUCAACGAUCAGAUAAGACACACGAAGGGAUGGUUCGAUCAGAGCACUUUGGAGCUGAACCCAUCAAUCCUGGGGUUCGAGAAGGAAGAGCAGCAGUACCAGGAUUUAUCUCCCUCCCAUUCCUUGUCAACAAAUAGAUAUCUCAGUUCUAGUCCAGAUUCUAUCUCUAACUGUGCGACCUAUACGGGCCAUACCUCUGGAGAUACGACCAACCUCAUCUCAUCUGCAUCAUCAAUCGUCAACCUACCUUGCUCUAUACCCACUGCUUCAAUCCCAGAGCCCAAGCGAGUGGCUACUCGAUCGGAAACUGCUACAGGUGCAACAGGACUAUAUGGCUCAUCACCAGUAUCUCGACCUCCAGCCAGGGCCAGCGAAGCACCUAUCGUCGAGUGCAUAUCCAUCAUCUCCAGCAGCUGCUCCCUACCGGCGCCUUCCUUUGGCCCACCUUCAUUUGAACCGAUAUCAACACUAUCAUGCAUCCCUAGGACACCACCUAAGCGUUCCGACUGCGGAAUCAUCCUCGGAGAAAGCCCUACGACGACGCGCUAUUACUCAGUUAUACCACAACCUCUUAAACGGUCAUCUUCGCCUUCACUACCGCACUCAUUCAAAAAUACAGCACCAACUAUUGGGAACAUCUUCGCACAACUGGCAUGGUCACCGCCGCUCCGACCGACCGUCCAACUGUCCCGCGCGCAGACAGACCCACGCCAUGGCCUACAACGAGAGCCGAGGCAACAUUUCUCAACGACGACUUCGCCCAAACGGUCUGCGACGACGACAUUGGUUGGCAGAAGCGACGAUGGCGAUCGGGAAGUGAUUAUUAUUGAGAGCAGUGACGAUGAAAUUGAUGGCCUAGAAGUGGGGCAACGAAGGGAUAUGGAAGCGAAGAAACAGAAACCGAGCCAAGCGUCGGAACAAGAUCUCAGUAGCCAAGAUGUGGCCUGCUUGGAGUACCAGGAUAUGGUGCUAGAGAACGGGACAUUAUCGUAUUUGAUGUAAAUAAUGAACAGCGACAUGAUGAUGACCUGGGCGAGGUUUAUUCUAUAAAUAAAGUAUUGCUUAAAUCAUGAUGCAUGUGCGGACGAAAUCAAAGUGGCACUGAAUGAUCAUAACGAGGCUACGUUGGAUUGAUCGAGUGCGAGGACGCGCUUGAACUCGUCAACGUAUUUCUUCUUUGCUGCCGCAUGAUCCACAAUCGGUGUGGGAU